AUGAAGUUAUCCCACACUACUCUUCUCGCCAUCUUGGCCACCACCUCCCUUGCCGCUUCUAUUCCUCAACCAGAGGUUUCUGAAACCACUCUCGUCAGAAGAAGUGAUGCCAAUGAAAUUCUUUCUAUUUUGGAUGAAUUGAAGGCUAUCAAGGUUAAGAGAGAUGUGGUUGAAACCGAAGAAGAACACUUGGAACUCCUCAAGAGACAAGACAGCGUCAUUGGUGACUUGCUUAGUGGCUUGGCAUCGUCUGGUAUCAUUCAAGACUUGUGGAACACCUUGACCACCGACCAAGCUCUUCGUUCUCAAAUUGCUGAUCUCACCAAGGCUGCCAUUCAAGGUUUAAUUGUCAGAGGUCCAGCUUUGAUUAAGGCUCUUUUCGACUCUGGUUUGCUCGGAAAGAUCUUUAAGGAUGUUAUCAACGACAAGACUUUGUUGAACGGAUUGUUGGGUGCUGCUAAGGCUCUUUUCACCACCGGACUCAACUUGCUCACCAACAGAAAGAGCGGUGGUUCUUCUGCCGCCUAUGCUGCCACUACCACCAAGGCUGCUGCCGGUACUACUGCUGCUCCAGUCGCCGCUACCACUGCUGCUGCCGCUAACACCGCUGCUGCUGCACUCAACCCAACCAACACCAACAACGCUGCCUACGCUUCCAUUGCUGCUGCUUACAAACGUGAAGAUGAUGAUGAAAAUGUUGAAUACUUGGAGAAGAAGGAUCUUACCGCUUUGCUCGGAUCCAUUGUCACUUCUAUCAAAGACUCGGGUAUUUUCACCAGCUUGAUCAACAAGGUGUUGGCCGACCCUCAACAAUCCAUCAGCUUCUUGACCACUGUAUUGAAGAAGGGAGUUGUUCUCGGAGAAGAUGUGUACACCUGGGCUAAGAAUAACGGACUCCUCGAGAAGGGUCUCACAUGGUUGCAAACCAACGGUGGAAGUUACGCUGGUGCCGUGGCUAACCUCGUUGGUGAGCUCAUUGACAGCGGAAAAGUGAAAGCUUCUGACGUUGACAAUGCCACUACUGCCGGUGCCGCUACUUAUCCUACCACCACCGCAGCUGCUACUGCCGCCACUACCAUGGUCAAGAGAGUCAGAAGAAACUACUAG